GGUUUCAGCACGCAGAGUCAUUGGGCAGUUUGAGAAGUGACAGGAUUUGUUAGGAGUCUCGAGACCAGUGGGAUUUGGACUACCGAGCCAUCAAGACAGGUCCUGGAGGUUCUAUUCUCGUAAUUCUUCGGCACUGCUAUUGUAUCCCCCACUACAGGACUAAACAUAUGCCUUUGUAUCCUUACACCUGUUUUUCUUAAACUCGGGUUCGAACCAAAGAGGAGUUCUCUAGAAAGAAUCCGUAUUUCUGCACAUUCUGAAAGACACAGUCGUUGAAAAUAUACAUUUAGAGUGGACGGUAUCAAUUCAACUUCUUCAUAAACGAAAUUUUCUGAAAUAAAAUCCAGUGGGUUUCUUUCAAAGAAGUCUGCUGUCUUUCUGUGCUCGAGGAGGGAGGCCAUGUUUCAGUACCUGCAGGUCUGCUCGGGCUGACUGAGGACUUUCUGCCUGCUCCAGGGGGGGUGAGCCAGAGAGAAGCUAAACGCCCCUGACUGGCUCUGGAGGAGUGGAGAAAAGAAAGCUUAUCUUUCACCUUUGUUCUCUCUAAUGCCCCUUGAGAUGGCUCUCCACGGACUCACUCCCACCUCAGUCAAAACUGUUUAGUAACUCCACACCAUCUCCAUACCCCAACUGCAGGGAGAGAGAAUACCCCACAAGGAAGAGGAGAAAGAGAGAGAGAAAGCUAAUUAGUAUUACUAAGAUAGUGUCAAAGCUGAGAGACAUGAGAAGAGACUUCUGAAGAGAGUUCUGUGCUCUGAGGGAUAUUGCUGCUAACCUUUAGGACAUUUGUUUGUGGUAUUCUUAAAAAAAGGGACUCAUUUUAGUUGGUUGCGGGUUUAACUUAGCCUUCCAUCAUGACUCUUCUGGGAAGCUGUAUGAAGAGGGUGCAGACUGACUGCCACAGAGGUGGUCCGGCUGGGCCCUGUCAGGUCCUGCUCCUGACCUGCUGUAUCCUGGUAGUCCUGGGGGCCAAGCCAAAAACACCUGGCCACACACACCUCAACUCCAUCCGUAUUGACGGGGAUAUCUCACUGGGUGGGCUCUUUCCUGUACAUGCCAGAGGCAACAAUGGGAAAGCCUGUGGGGAGCUGAAGAAGGAGAAGGGGAUCCACAGACUGGAGGCCAUGCUGUUCGCCUUGGACCGCAUCAACAACGACCACGAGCUGCUGCCCAACAUCACUCUGGGGGCCAGGAUCCUGGACACCUGUUCACGGGACACCCACGCCCUGGAGCAGUCGCUCACCUUUGUCCAGGCGCUCAUCGAGAAGGACGGGACGGACAUCAAAUGCCUGAGUGGCGGGCCGCCCAUCAUCACCAAGCCUGAGAGGGUGGUGGGCGUCAUCGGGGCCUCCGCCAGCUCCGUGUCAAUCAUGGUGGCCAACAUCCUGCGCCUCUUCAGGAUUCCCCAGGUGAGUUAUGCCUCCACGGCUCCGGAGCUGAGCGAUAACACGCGCUAUGACUUCUUCUCCCGCGUCGUGCCUCCGGACACCUACCAGGCACAGGCAAUGGUGGACAUAGUCAAAGCCAUGCGCUGGAAUUAUGUCUCCACAGUAGCAUCGGAGGGCAACUAUGGAGAGAGUGGUGUGGACGCCUUCAUACAGAAGUCCCGUGAAGAUGGAGGUGUGUGCAUCUCUCAGUCAGUGAAGAUACCACGGGAACCUAAGCUUGGAGAGUUUGACAAGGUAAUCCGUAGACUGUCAGAGAACCCCAACGCCCGGGUUGUCAUUCUCUUUGCCAACGAAGAUGACAUUAGGCGGAUUCUUCAAGCAGCUAAGAAGGCUAACCAGACAGGACAUUUUAUAUGGGUGGGGUCAGACAGCUGGGGGUCUAAGAUCUCCCCCAUCCUGAACCAGGAGGAGAUGGCAGAAGGGGCUGUCACCAUCCUACCUAAACGGCAGCCUAUCCGAGGGUUUGAUCGCUACUUCAUCAGCAGAACUUUGGACAACAACAGAAGAAAUAUUUGGUUUGCAGAGUUCUGGGAAAACAACUUCCAGUGCAAACUCAGUCGACAUGCUCUGAAGAAAGGAUCCGGCAUCAAAAAGUGCACAAACCACGAGCGGAUCGGGAAGGACUCGUCCUAUGAGCAGGAGGGGAAGGUCCAGUUUGUGGUUGAUGCAGUUUACGCCAUGGCUCACGCGUUACACAACAUGCAUAAGGAGCUCUGUCCAGGGAAAGUGGGCCUCUGCUCUAAAAUGGAAACCAUCAAUGGAACCAUGUUGCUCAAGUUCAUUCGCAACGUCAACUUUACAGGAAUUGCGGGCACUCCAGUGAUCUUCAAUGUGAACGGAGAUGCCCCUGGUCGCUAUGAGAUCUAUCAGUACCAGAUGCAACACAACACCACAGAAUACAAGAUCAUCGGCCACUGGGCAGACCAGCUCCAUUUAGAAACUAAGGAGAUGCGGUGGCCUGGUGGGACAUGGCAGGUACCCCAGUCUAUCUGCAGUCAGCCCUGUCAUCCUGGGGAGAGGAAGAAAACAGUGAAGGGUGUCCCCUGCUGUUGGCACUGUGAGCGUUGUGAUGGCUAUCAGUACCAGGCCGACACCUACAGCUGUAAGAUGUGCCGCUUUGACCUGCGGCCCAACGAGAACCACACCGCCUGUGAGGCCAUCCCGAUCAUCAAGCUGGAGUGGAGCUCCCCCUGGGCCGUCAUCCCCGUCCUCAUCGCUGUGCUGGGCAUCAUGGCCACCAUGUUUGUGGUGGCCACCUUCAUCCGCUACAAUGACACCCCCAUUGUGAAGGCAUCAGGGCGCGAACUCAGCUAUGUGCUGUUGACGGGCAUCUUCCUGUGCUACGCCACCACUUUCCUCAUGAUCUCAGCGCCUGACGUUGGAAUCUGUUCCCUCCGACGGAUCUUCCUAGGUCUGGGAAUGAGUAUUAGCUAUGCAGCGCUGCUCACCAAGACCAACCGUAUCUAUCGCAUCUUUGAGCAGGGCAAGAUGUCAGUGAGCGCCCCCAGGUUCAUCUCCCCAGCCUCCCAGCUGGUUAUCACCUUCAGCCUGAUCUCAGUGCAGCUCCUGGGGGUGUGCAUCUGGUUCGGUGUGGACCCAUCUCAGGCUAUCAUCGACUAUGAGGACCAGCGCACGUCCAACCCGAACAUGUCCCGCGGCGUGCUCAAAUGUGACAUCUCAGACCUUUCACUGAUCUGCCUGCUUGGCUUCAGCAUGCUGCUCAUGGUCACCUGUACAGUGUAUGCCAUCAAGACCCGGGGGGUGCCAGAGACCUUCAAUGAGGCCAAGCCCAUCGGCUUCACCAUGUACACCACCUGUAUCGUCUGGCUAGCUUUCAUACCCAUCUUCUUUGGGACUUCACACUCAACAGAAAAGAUGUACAUCCAGACCAUGACUCUGACCAUUUCCGUGAGCCUGAGUGCCUCUGUGUCUCUGGGGAUGCUCUACAUGCCCAAGGUCUACGUGGUCCUCUUCCACCCGGAGCAGAACGUGCCCAAGCGCAAGCGCAGCCUCAAGGCUGUGGUCACCGCGGCCACCAUGUCCAACAAGUUCCCCACUAAGGGCGGCCUCCGGCCCAAUGGAGAGGCCAAGUCUGAGCUGUGUGAAAGCCUGGAGACACAAGCAUUGGCCUCCAAGCAGACAUACAUCAGCUACAGUAACCAUGCCAUCUAAGAAACAGACCGUGGAGACCCGGCUCAGAAGCUACGACCUGCGUGUGGAAUGAACGAACACCAGAACUGGAGCACCAAGAUGCAAAAGCAGUGGGACAUGGGGAGAAAGGAGAAUCAUCAUUCAACUUCUUGAACAGAUGUCACUAUUUUCAAGAGGACCAGUCAAUGCAAGGAUAUUGAAUGCCAAACAAAAGCAGUGGGGAGGCUCCUAGUGGGGCGGGGAGGUGCAGGUUUCAGGCAGAUAUGACAGUGAUGUCUCCCCAUCCCCUUUGUGACAUGUCACAGAGACAUCAGACAGUCACAUUUCCAAAUUAUAGUCAAGUGUUUUCCUUCUGGAGUUUAUAGAACAGCUUUUCUCUUCUGGUGUUUUGUCUGAAUCUGAUGAACUCCCUGGCUAACUCCCUGACAAACACCCUGUUCUGUAGUGAAUUGAGUUUUCUCUCUGUGUGCAGCGGUGUUGUAUCUCUCUCUACCAGUGGUAAUGUGCAAUUAUUUGCUUCCCCUUCUUCUCUGUCCUUUCCAAUGAGGGUAAAAGGCUGAACACAAUAUCUAAUUAGUCAAUAAGACAAAUCUGUCAAAAGAAGUAUGUAUAAGCAGAUGAAAAAGCAUGUUUUUGCUGUGGGUUUGUCUUCGUUCAAGCCCCCAAAAAACAGAAUAUUAACCCUCAGGCUCUGUAGCAUUUACAUUAUGUUGUCAUCGUUUUAAUGAAGGUCAUAGUUGUGAAACAGAGAAAACAAAUAUGCAACUUUCCAACAUCGGAAUAUUCAUUGUUACAGCAUGGGUCCAGUAAAUGUUUCCUUACCAUCGUGGACAGUACAUAAAUAUAUCAGUGUGUUUCCCCAGAUGAUGGCUACACCAUAUCUGACACCAUCUUUAUGGUCCUUGUGUACAGUCCUAGAGCAUGCCUGUGGGAGCAUAAUAUGUACCGUGCUGUGUUGUCAAAAUCUAUGGAAUGCAACAUGUGAGAGGAUUGCGGUUCAACAGUCCCAGUGGCGUUAUCAUUGUGGACUAUUACACACGUGGUACUUUUUUGCAGAUGAACGGAAGAUAAAAAAUACGAGAAACAGCCAUAAGAAUUAGCUAACAAGUAAAAGCAUUGUAUGUACUCCACAUCCUAUUUUUCUGUGAAAUACAGCCUCAACACUACAGCCCAUAGACAGCUGAAGGGCAAUGCUUCACUGCAUCCAACCUGGCAUCUUUACAUGUUAGACGAUCCUUUCAUGGCCUUGUUCCAUUAGAAUUUCUGAAGUUCCAUCUCAACAUGUGAAGAAUUUGGAAUCUGUACCAGAAAUGUCGAACGUAACAUAUAGGCAUUUGUUGGCAUGUUAGGUAAUGGUACAAAACACACUCUUUGGAACAUCAGCAGUGUUCACCAUCCUUCAUUAUGUUAUUGAAUCUUUUGCCAGGCACCUGUGAUUUCAGUAAAAGUGCAUGUUGCUUUCAUGUUACUCAGAGAGAGGAAGUGGUUCCAAAUCCACAAGUCAAUUAGCUUUAAGAGUAAGCCUAGACCCUGCCAGGUCAACAGAGGAAACCACUGCGUAAAAAUAACAACAAACACAGUUCUCAUCUCCUUCUGUAUUGUGUCCUGGAUCCAAUGUUGUUAGUCAUACUGUGUUUUUAGUCUAAUUUCAUCAUUCCAUUUCUGGAAAUGUACUCGGCGUUAAUGUUCUAGUAUCAAAGCCAGUCACUUAAUAUAGUAAGAAAUAGAUUGGCAAGAUGCUGUGUCACAGCCAUUCAUAUAAUGAUGUGAAUAGCCAUUGGAGAAAUGAUCCAAUAAGCUCCAGAACGAAAACUACUGUAAAAAAAAAAAAAGAAGUUUAUAAAUAAUAUUGGAGAGAGGACAACCCCGUCUGUUAAUUUAUGAUUCUCAGCUCUCUGCUUCAACAAAGAUCCCAGAUGUUGCAGCAAAAUAAAAUGUUUGUAUUUUUCAUUGUUUAAAGAUGGUGUUGUCUGAUUGUUUUGUGUUUGUGAAUAUGAUGAUUUACUGCUUUAAGCCUCCAAUUCAUCUCAUUUUUUCCAACACUAUGUCUGUGUUGCAAAAUAGAGUGUGUAAGUGCUGAAUGGCAAGUUAAUGUACGUUAUUAAAAAUGGAUUGAUCAUGUCUGCUUUAUGUACUGACCUAUUAAAAAAGAACAAAAACAAAACAAAACAGAAAAAAUACAGUGCCUGGAUAUUUAUGAAUUAUCUAUAGAAAACAUGAAAAUGUGUAGAGCAUGUCAAUUUUUAUACAAGAU